AUGGCCACCAAAAGAAAGAGGCCAAAGACCAAUAAUACGUCGGAUGGCCGCUCGCCGAAGCGAGCAAAGACGAAGGGGGAAACAAAGCCGAAUGCAAAGGUGCAAGGAGACUCCGCAGAGCCGCAACGAAAACCGCGAGAAGAAGCAGUGGCCCACGCUCCUGGCCGAGAUCGAUCCGUCAAGAAAGCUCUCCUGGCCCGGUACUUUGCGCGAGUCGACACGCUUCGGGCAUAUCUCUUGACACGGCUGCCUGCGACAUCGCGACUCCGCCGCAAAAAGUUGUCCGCAGUUGGCAAGCAGGAAAAUGCCACCGAAGUUGAGAAACUUCUAAGCCAUGUACUCGACUCGACGCUCGUGGCCUGCGCCAGUGGCACCAAUGCUGAUGGCUUCAGCAGCGGACCAGUCCUUGAUGACGGCGAGCGGGCGAGACUACGCAUGACGUUUUCCCAAACCAAGGGCGCCGACGAGUCGUAUGUGACGGUCUCGAACGCUGCCGAGGGUGCUUUCGCUCCCCAGUCCGAGGUGCGUGUCCCUGCCAGUCUAUUGCUCUGCUUGUUUCAGAGCGAAUCUCUAAUCUGGCAGAUUGUCGACUUUGUUGUUUGGCUUCUCUUCGAACGCAGCAGGAAAACCGGCGGAUCCAAGGGCUACAGUAGCUUCCCGGACAACGUCAUCUGUCAUGGCUUUCAGCGAGGCCAGCGGCCGCCCGUUUGGGACCUGCAUCAGCAGAUUGCCGAUGCCAACGCGAAGUCCCUGCCAACGUAUACCAUCCCAGGUGUCUACGCCGCUAGGAAUCCCCAGAACGCGCAGACACUGAAGGAGGCGCCGUGGCCACAGCUGCUUGCCAUUCUGGGCGCGUCGGCCGAGAAGAUCAUGACGGAUCUUCUUUUGGAUUGCUCGGUUUUCCUACCGGUGGAAGCCGGCGACGGAAACUAUGUCCAGCUUACCGGCAAGCCGCUGAUGGAGACCAUCUUCAGUACGAAGACGGCCGGUGCGUGUCCACCGACGAAUACAACUGCAACCAAAACCAAGCAGCCUUCUGACAUCACGCUCUCGAGAACCCGCAUGCUGUAUACCACGCCCGGUCUUUCGAAGGCAGGUAAGGUCCGUUUCGGACUACAAAAUAGACAUAUCCUUGACCAGUUCCCAAAACUUUCCAAACUCCCUGAAGAAUCUCCCCGUGGUCAUUUUCUUGCCUCUGUCAACAAGGCGAGAACGAUACGCACGGUGAUGCAUAUAUUCCCAAAACAAUUUGGACUUCAAAAUAUCUUCACAUCAGCUACCGAUGGCGGGAAAUUGCCACGGUCACUGCACCACGUUUUUGCACGGGAAGAAGAGAUCGUGGCCAAAUUCGGAGAAGAAAAACUUCAGGAAUAUAAUUUCCAGGUGCCGACUCCUAAGCGGUUGCGUGGAACGCUUUUGGGUCUCGUGGAGAAGAUGCAAACGCUUCAUCGAAAAUGUUCCUAUGCCGCGCUGCUCCAGUAUUAUUGUCCGGACCGAAGCCAAGGCUCAAUUCCGGCAGGAGACAUUCCAGUCACUGCCCCUUCAGGCAGCACCGAAUCGUCGGAGAAGCUUGCAGACAAAAAGGAACCAUAUCCACAACAGACGGGCGAAGACGACAGACCCGGGACGAAAGCAUCCAAACCCCUCAGCCCGGUUCCGCUGGUGCAGUUGGCUACGCCGGUGCGGCAGGUCUCUGCUUUUUGCCACGCAGUUUUUCUAAAGAUUGUCCCAGAUGACUUCUGGGGUUUAGGGGAGGUCCAAGUUCACAAUAAAGCUAUAUUUUUAAAGAAAAUCGACAUGUUCGUGCGACUGCAGCGCUAUGAAAAGCUCAAUUUCCAUUCCCUGCUGCAAGGAUUCAAGAUUGCAGAGCUUCCGUGGCUGGCACCACCGAAACUCAAGUACUGCAAGCUAAGCAAGACCGAUCUAGAUAAACGACAGGAGAUCUUCUCCGAGUUCCUCUACUUUCUCUUCGAGCUCCUGCUCAUCCCCCUCCUCGCGACCAACUUUUACGUGACCGAGUCCAACGUGCACCGAAACCAGCUCUUCUACUUUCGCCACGAUGUCUGGCGACGCAUAUCGCUGCCGGCCAUGGCAGCGAUCAAGGCCGGCCGCCUUGAAAGAGUCCACGCAAAAAAUACGGCGCAUAUGGCCAGUGCCCGUGAUCUUGGUUUCGGCAAGUUGCGGCUCGUGCCCAAGAACAUGACUGUUCGCGCCAUUACCAAUCUGAGUCAUUGUGCCCCGAAGAAAGGAGGCUCGGGCCCAGCGGCCAGCAUCAAUGCAGUCCUGCGGCCAGUGGCGGCCAUGCUCAAGCUCGAAAUGAAGGAACACCCCGAGCGUCUCCGAUCAGGCAUGCUGUCGACAAGGGGGAUGUACUCGCGACUAAAAGACUUUAAGCAGCGCAUGCACGCCAAAGACAAAACGAUCUUUUAUUUUGCCAAGGUUGACGUCCAGUCAGCUUUUGACACCAUUCCACAGGAGGCCAUGAUAAAAUUGCUCUUGUCUGUUCCGGAACACGCAGCAUACCACAUGGAGAAGCAUGUUGAGAUCUCGGCGACAGAAUACAAUGAUGUCUUGAGCGCCCCUGCCGCUUCGAGAAAGACCGUGGGCCCUCGCACGACUUGGAAAACGACAGCCCGGCCAAGCGACGACCUGUCUGGCUUCCAUGACGCCGUGCAGGGCUCGAUUGCACAGAACAAGUGCAAUACCGUGUUUGUGGACAGCGCUUUCCGCAAGACACGCGAUGCCGAGUCGUUGGCCAGGCUGGCGGUCACACACAUUCACCAGAACAUUGUCAAAAUCGGCAAGAAGUUCUAUCGGCAGAAAGAAGGCAUCCCGCAGGGAUCCGUCUUAUCAGCGGCUCUAUGCAGCUAUUUCUAUGCCGAUCUGGAGGAGAAGGAGCUGGGGUUCUUGGGGCCGGCUGACAGUAGCAACGAGGACUGUCUCCUGCUCCGGCUGAUUGAUGAUUUUCUCCUAAUCACCGUCGACCGGUCCAAAGCAGCACGGUUCAUCGAAGUGAUGCAGCGCGGCCACCCCAAGUACGGUGUUACGGUCAACCCGAGCAAAAUCCUGGUCAAUUUCCGUCUAGAGAUCGGUGGCAAGCCCGUGCCACGGCUUCCUCCGGGGCUGCCGUUCCCGUACUGCGGCACAACCAUCCACUGCUCGACACUCGAUCUAGCCAAAGACCGCAAGUCGAAGCCACAGGGUAUGAGGCAUGCCUUGGCUAGAGGGCACAAAAUGCGAGGUGCCUGGUGUGAGGUGAAUAAACACAUGCUAACAAGCCCAGACCUCUUCAACUCGAUCACCAUCGAGCACACGCGAUCCCAAGGCUACCAGUUCCAGCGCAGAAUUCUCAACUGCUUCCAAAUCCAAUCUCACCAUAUGUUUUUCGAUACGUCGUACAACUCGCGGCGGACGACGCUACGCAACCUCCACAGCGCCUUCGCCGAGACGGCCGGAAAGAUGUGGGCGUAUGCGCGACGCAUGCCCAAGACCAAGCGACCCAGCACGCAGCUGACCAUCCGCACCAUGGAGGAAAUCGGCCAAAUGGCCUUUGGCCUCCUCAACAGCAAGACGCGUGCACAGCAGUGGCCCGAGUACAAGUUUGACGUGUCCAAGCCACACCUACGAUACUUGCUGCUACAUGCUUUUAUGGUCGUUCUCGGGAAGAAGCAGACAGGAUACAAAGACGUACUCGCGUAUAUACGCAACGCCAUGCAGCAGCUGCAGGAAAAUGGACGGGCACCUCUGCCAAAGGAGUUCAGAGUGCCAAACAUAGCAAAAUGA